AGGACUGCUGUCGUACCGCCGUACCAGGAGAAGGAGAGGGAGAGAGAGUAAAGGAGUGAGAGAGUACUGGACACCCUGUGGGUGAAGACAACUCGGUGGCGUGCUCCGGCGUCUCUCUUGUCCACGCGUGCAAAAGAACCGCAGAGCGUGUGCCACUUUGAAGCAAGCGUGUACGAUCAUGGCACCGCAAGGAAAUCUUGCUGCUGGUGGUUUGCAUGUGCUGCUCCUCCUCUGCUGCUGCGUUCAAUGGAGUCAUGGGUUCAUCGCCGUAUCGCCAUGUUUCAGGAGGGGAUGUUCACAGCAGACACUGUCCAGCACCAAUGAUUUGCACAAGAGGGAGAGCCGGGGAUCUGGCAGACACGGCAGCCUCAUUCGGCGUCGGUCAGGUGGACCGGGCUUUUCCCUAAAAGCAAACGAGGCAGGGGGUGGCGCGGAGGAGGAAGACGAUACGCUUGAGCUAACGAAAGGGUUUUACAGCGAGAUCGCGGCACGCUUGGGCAAGACUGCGCAGGGGCAACCGCAAGAUAGCCAAGAAACGGCCAAAGACGAAGAUAGCGGCAGCGAGAUCGACAAGGCUAUCUACGACGAGCUUAGGGCACGGCGCGACUUUGGUUUCGAGCAGGACCUGGGGCUGGAGCUGGAGAAACGGAACAUUACGAAGGAGGCGGAGGCGAAGAAGAUUAUCGAUGCGGGUCUGGAGCAGAUGCCUGGGGUGACGAGCUCGGCUACGUUCUUGCCGUCCUCGGAGCUCACGCCAAGAGAGGUGGUGACUUCGGUUCUCGAGGCCCUCAAGAACAACGACCAACCCUACCACAACCACGGCGUCGAGGUUUUCAUCAGAUUCCUUGCCCCGUCUAGCGCGAUGCACGGGGUCGAAAUGUCGGGCGUGGCCCGAUAUCUGGCGGAGAAUCGAAACCGUGCCUUCAUGCACUGGAAUACCAUGGCAUUCCCGAGACCGCUGACGGUGUCGGGAGGGGCGAAGCAAAACAAGGCCUUCCAGCCUGUCAAGCUCAGAGACACAAUGACUGGCGCUUGGCACUCCGUGAGCGUCUACCUCACACUGGACGCCCGGAGUAAUUGCUGGCUCAUAGAGUCUUGCAUCGUUAAGGGAGAGGUGUAGGAAGGCAGGGAGAGGUGCUGCCACUCGACGGAUCUGGGUGGAGUGAAGAGCCUGAAACACGUCAUCAGUAUGCGGCGUCGAGGGAGCGGAUCCUUGACAUGAUACGCGGCAGUGAGUGGUUGAGGCGUCUCGGGUAGAAGCAGUCUUUGUGGUUCGUUUUGUUUUUGUUGGUCUAUGUUUGAGGGAGAGCAAUCGGGCGCGGAAACACUCGACCCUACUCAGUGAGCUCCGUUGUCCAGAAAAGUAUGUUCCAUUGUGUUGCCUUCAUCUGCGACCGGUGUCAAAAUGCGUGCGUGCGUGUUCGAUCAACAUCGGUCAGAGCUACCGUGGCUGGAGUUGUGUGUUUGGAUUGUGUUGAUUUAGACUUAACGUACCCGAUAAUGUUGUAUAUAUAUCGUACGCCUAGAACGACUAUCUGGCUCGAAGUAGACGUCCUGG